UCAGGGAGCAGAGACAGCCCAACAUGGACAACUGCACUGACAGUGAUGCACAGCGCAGCAUUGUGGUGCUUCAGCUGGUUGUGUACAUCCCAGUGCUCGCUCUGGGGAUCCCACUGAAUGUAAUUGCCUUCUGGGUCUUCUGCUGCAAACUCAAGAGGUGGACUGAGACCAAGGUGUACAUGAUCAACCUCAUCGUGGCUGACAGUUUCCUGCUCUUCACCCUGCCUUUCCUGCUGUAUUUUACCAAGUACAAACACCCCAUAGACCAGCUGUGUUUAGCCAUACAAAACAUCUAUUUUACAAACAUGCCUAUGAGCAUCCUUAUCAUCACCCUGAUUGCGAUUGAUCGAUACAUUGCAAUCAAGUUCCCUCUAAAAGCAAAGGUUCUUCGAUCCCCACUGAAAUCAGCUUCUGUCUGUGGUUUUCUUUGGAUAACACUGAUAAUUUAUUCCAAUUUGUAUCACACACUUCACAGUAGCUGGGAAGGUUGUUGCUUUCGGAGACAAUCUGUUACACCUAGAUAUUCCUCUUUAUUCACCAGUAUCUGCGGGUAUUUUAUUCCAUUAGGGAUUAUGAUUUUUUGCUCAGUACAAGUCAUCAGAUGUCUAAAGAAGAAGAUGGUUUCAAGUCCUCAUGAGACAAAAUUAUUUCAGAAGGCCGUGCACAUUAUUUCUGUGAAUUUGUGUGUGUUUGUUGUCUGUUUCUCACCUUUCCACAUGUCACUGCUCUUGCGGUUUGCAGUGGAAGUUGCUGGAGCACAUUCUCUGAUCCAGGGAGUUACAACCUAUCUUAAGGUCUCUGCAUGCUUAGCAAAUUGUAACUGCUGUCUGGAUGCAUUUUGCUAUUAUUUUGCAGCCAAAGAAUUCACAGAGUUUUCUUCUAUGUUCCCCAAGUGUACAUUUAUGAGGUCCAAGAUGAACCAAAGUGAGGAGUCACAGCCACCCACGGAUAGUAUGAACAAGGUGUAGUGCAUGGCUGGUGUUGAGUGCCACAAUGCUGCUCAAGUUUUGAGGCACAGGGAAUGGAACCACCUACAGUGUUUGCAAUCAUCGUAGGUAUAUGUACAAAAAGGGGAAACACCUCCAAAGGGUCUGAUGUUAACUUGAAUUUUGUCCUACUGUCUUCAGUGCCUUGACUCCAGCUCUGACCACUGUCUCGUAUUGUUGCAUCGCAGCUCCAGACACCUCCUGGUGACAGCUUGUCUUGGCUGGCUUCAUGGCCUAUCACUUUCAGCAUCUUCUGACUUGUAAACCUCUGAAAAAUCUCCUCCUGGGACUGCAAGCUCAUAUUCUGCUCAUGAAAACUUAGAGGCAAUUAACUUCUUUAGUGACAACUGACAUAGAGUUCCCCUACAAGUCUGUCACGAUGCAGUGACACUCAUUCAGACCACAGUCUGAAACCACGACUAGACCUUGGUCAAAGAAACACACAAAGGACUGUUCCCAGCACGGAAAGUGUCCCAAAUCCAAACAUUGCUUUGUGUCAGUUCUUUGGCAGACAUCUCGGGGGAAGCUGCAGUGAACAGCUGUGCCACAAAAACAGAAAAAACUACUCAGGUCAUUCAGCUGAUAAUUCACGUGCCAGUUUUCUUCACUGGUGUAUUUUCUAAUGCUCUGGCAUUACUGGUAUUUCACUGCAAGCAGAGCAAGUAGUCUGUGUGACCAGUUUAACCACUGAACACUGUUUAGCCCUCGUUCUGCCUUCUAAAUUCUCUUUUCACAGACAGGAAAAGAUAUGGCAGACAAAUAGUGCCCAAUCUUAACAACCAUCUAUUGCUUAAGGAGAUGUGUGAGCGUUGUCACCCCUGUGGCCAUCAACAAAUGUGCUGCAAUUAACUGCCCUCAGAAAUCAAGAGACGUCUUGGCAGACAUCUCUUACAAUCCUGGCAAGUUGGUGUUCAGCAAGGAAAGACACUUCUACUUCAGGAACAGCACAGAGAGCCUUCAAAAACGUUUUUGGACCUAGAAUUCCCUUCUGGAACCUCACGUCUCAUUGCUUAUAAUGAAUACCUGUUCCAAAAAAAUUAUUAUGGGUUUUUUUAUUAUUUUGAAAAAAAGAUAUGAAGAUUUGUAUCAACCUGUUAACCUACUGUUAAUCUAGAAAGCAAACAACUUGCUUGGUUUUGCAGAUUCAGUCAUGCUGAUGUUUUCUCUCAGUUAACAUGCAGAAUUGUUCAAUUUCUAGUGGGCUCCAAAUAGGUCAUCUACUCUGAAAUACAGAACAGCAAUGCUUUUAUACAUGUAGCCUCACAUACAGGUCUCAUAAAUGCUCCUUUUUCUCACCUUUUAAAGGAGAAAUUAGUUGACUUCACAGUCUCUGUCAUCAUUAAGAUUUUUUGCUGUUUCCACUGAAUGCUAUGAAACAAGAAUAAAAAAUCCAUACUUUUGCAAGUGAAAAUAAAGGUGUGUCAUUUAUUACCUUUCUAAAUCAGAGUCCUCUGCUCUUAAUACUAUACUGGAAAUUGGGAGGAAAGACUUUGCUACCAAGAUACAAGAUCUGCCCUACAGCAGGGUAUUUAACAGUGAAGCCCAAAGAUGAGCAAGGAACUUUCUGAUUAUCUGAAGAUACAUAUUCUACCCUGGACAAAAAUUACUAUCUGGUUUAUAUGUGCAGUUUAGGAUGGGUUUCUGGCGUCUUCCUUCAGUCUGAACCAUGCCUCAGCUCCCUGAGUGCUCCCAGUAAAUGGAAUAGAUGAGUUGUCAGACCUGGGCCACAGCAAACUGCUGGCCACCAUCCAGCACUGCAGUAGCAAUCCAGGAGGAUGGCGACACACUUAACCCCAAAUCUUUUCCAUUUCCUAGCACAGGAGGCUGGGAAAUGGUAGUGGGGACCAGCCACAGCUGCCAAAGCCCAUCAGCUGCCCCAAACAGCAAGGCUGAACCGCUGCAUUUUACCAACAUUUCUGCAAGAUACAAUUUUCCGGUCCCUUAAAAGAAAAAUGCUAAUAAUGGCUUCCACUUCAGGCUUGAGGAAAAAAAAACCACAAAACCACAAGGAAAAGCCUACAAAGUAAUUCAGAAUCUUGCUUUUAUAUGAGUGAGUGAGUGAGUGAGUGGCCAUGGGAUAAAGCAUUUGUGGCCCUCCUAUGCAUGGAAGACAGGGGCUGGCAUAAGACAGUAUUUUGCUGUUUGGUGGCAUUUGGGCAGGCCUGAAACCUGAGUUCUUACCAGAGGUUUGAGCUCCAGGGGGCUCAAACAGGACAGAUCCUGGGGUGCUGCGGGCUGGGUGCUGCUUUCAGGUGUUGGAGGCAUCUCUGAUUUUGUUUCCUUGGUGCAGCACAGCUCUUCCAGUGGUGAGCUCCAGGGAACUCCACAAGCACUGGAGCAGCAUCAGGCACCUGGGAAGCACAGGCUUUUCCAUGCCCUACCCAGUG